AUUUCAAGGCGAGCUUGUCACUUGUUUGCUUGUUCGGGCAUCGGGAGGGGGUCCUUGUUUAUUCCCGCUCCUAACAUUUCCUAUGUCGAUAUGCGCCGUGGAGCGGACAGGGAAGCCGACAAGUGGUCGAGGAAAGCGUCAAGCCGGCAGCUGUGGCGGAGAUAUAGAGGAGAAUCGAGAAGCAGAAACGAUCUAGCUUGGCCGACGUGCUCGACCACGCCGCACUGGCCGCCGUCGUCGCCGGGUCCGAGGGCGUCUUCCAUGUCGCCUCCCCUGUGCCGGCAGACAAGAUCGUCGACCCUGAGACGGAAGUAAUGAUCCCCGCCGUGAAGGGCACCUUGAAUACUCUUCAGGUUUGCUCAUCUAUGAAGGUUCAGAAAGUUGUGGUGGUGUCAUCCACUUCUGCUGUUCAGUUUAACCCCAACUGGCCUCACGGUAAACCCAAAGACGAGAGUUGCUGGUCAGACCGGAAAAUAUGCAUGGACAAUGAGCUCUGGUAUUUUGUUGCUAAGACGGUUGCUGAAGAGACAGCUUUGGAAUAUGCAGAGAAUAAUGGGCUACAUGUUGUUACAGUAUGUCCUUGUAUUGUUUUUGGCCCGCAACUGCAACCUACUGUCAAUACAAGCAGCGAACUCCUUAUCUAUGUUAUAAAAGGGGGUCCUAAUGCAAUUAGCGAUAUGUCGUGGCACAUAGUCGAUGUCCAUGAUGUCGCCGAUGCCCUGCUUCUGGUAUACGAGAAACCAGAAUUGUCCGGGAGGUACAUCUGCGCACCAAACUAAAUUAGCACAAAGGUUGUACUGGAGUUGCUAAAAAAGACAUACCCUGACUACAAUUAUGUCAUGUGCAAGGUUGGCGCGGACCAUGACACUAGGAUCACGCCGAUUUCAUCGAAGAAAUUGAGAAAUCUGGGAUGGAAACCAAGGAAAUUGGAGGAGACGCUCUUGGAUAGCGUCGAAUACUGCUGAGAGACGGGGAUUC